AUGUCUCUACGCACAUUUAUCGACGUGCUGUUGCCGCUUGCAGGGCUCUUGGUCAGCCAAGCCUCCGCAGCGCAACAGCCUCUUACCGGCGAGGAACGCGGCGCAUGCCCCAACUACGCGCAAUACUCUACUUAUCCUCAUAAACCUCUGAGCGAAGGUCCCCUUGGCCUCCCCUACCAACGACCCGACCCGCGAUGCCGCACCUUUCAGUCCGAGGCGAUCGAGAAGGUCAUUAAGGAUGUCACAUCUCGCAUGAAGGACCCCGAUCUAGCGAGAUUAUUUGAGAACGCGUUUCCCUCGACGACUGAUACCACUGUUAAAUUCCAUACCGAUGGGACCGACACUAGAUUUGUUGAUUUGAACGGUCGAAGCUUGCGCGACGAGGGCAAAUGGGAGGGCCCGCAAUCCUUCAUCAUCACGGGAGACAUCAUUGCCGAGUGGCUGCGCGACAGCACAAAUCAGCUGUCUCCCUAUCAGGCGCUGGCUAAAAAGGACCCUGCCAUUUUCAAACUGAUUCUUGGCGCCAUCAACACACAGUCUGAAUAUGUAAUCGAGUCACCGUACUGCAACGCCUUCCAGCCGCCGCCGAUCGCGAAUCUCCAACCAAGCUACAACGGCCAGGACGAUACUGUGCAUCCGAUUUAUGAGCCCUCGUUUGUCUUUGAAUGCAAAUAUGAACUCGACUCAUUGGCGCACUUCCUAGCCCUGGGCAACGAUUUCUACGAACACACGGGAUCACAGGAUUUCCUCACACCGAGGUGGUACCUUGCACUGGAGACCCUGCUCAACGUGUUGGAUCAGCAGUCUCGUUCGACCUUUGACCCGGAGACGGGCCGUUAUCAGCGGAACGAAUACACCUUCCAGCGCAGGACUGACGCUGGUACUGAGACGUUGAACCUCAAGGGCGUAGGCAACCCGCUCAACAACGGCACAGGCUUGGUGAGGUCGGCAUUCCGUCCCAGCGAUGAUGCGACGAUUCUUGGCUUCUUUAUCCCGGCAAACGCAAUGAUGGCCGUAGAGCUGAAGCGCACGGCGGAGGUUUUGAAGGCUGCCGGCAGGGACGUGCUUGCGCAAGCUGUGGACAAGUGGAGCCAGACUAUUACAGACGGUGUCUGGAACCAUGGCGUAGUCAAGCAUAGCAAGUAUGGCGAUGUGUUUGCGUACGAGGUUGACGGCUACGGCUCAUCAAUCCUGAUGGACGAUGCCAACUACCCCUCACUUCUUGCCAUGCCAUUGAUGGGUUUUCUGCCGCCCGAGGACAAGACGUAUCAGAAUACACGGAAGAUGCUCCUUGAGAAGUCCGGAAACCCUUACUACCUUCAGGGCAAAGCUUUCCACGGUAUCGGAGGGCCUCAUAUCGGUCUAUCCAACGCCUGGCCGAUGAGUUUGUUGAUCCAGGCACAGACUUCCGAUAAGGACGAGGAGAUUACGGAGUGUCUGGACCUCGUCUUACGCUCGGCCCGCCUGGGUCUCGUUCAUGAGAGUGUUGAGGUUAAUCACAUCACAUCCUAUACUAGAAGCUGGUUUGCAUGGGCCAACGGCGUUUUCGCCGAGACCAUUUUGGACAUUGCUAAGCGGAAGCCACAUUUGAUUUUCACUGAUGCUAAGCCUUACCAAGUGUAA